CUAAAUCUUUGUUUUUUUGUUUUCACCCCCAAGUAAAAGCCUCAUUUUACUCGACGUGGUCCCCACAAUGCAGCAAAAACAAACACACACAAACACACGGUAAAGGGGAAGUCCGUGGGGCACUGCCUCUCACUCUCACGCUGCAAAGUGCCUCAGACCGGGUUAGUCCUCUGAGUGAGAGGCAGUCAGGGGUGUUAUGGACUGGAUAUGAGGGACUCUGCAGCAGACAGCACAGCCCGAAGCUGAACAUGGCGUGGAGUAGAAGACCACCAGCCUCCGCGGCGCUGCUCCUUCUGUCCUGCUUACUUUGUCGCGGAGUGAGUCCUCAGCGUCCUCGGGUCUCCGUGAACGAAAUCUCUGGCUUCAGCCUCAGUCCUCCCUACUUUAACCUGGCUGAGGGCUCAGCCAUCUCAGCCACCGCCACGUGUGGAGAGGACCAGCGCUCCAGACCCAGAUCAGACCUCUACUGCAAACUGGUCGGAGGACCAGCGAUAGGAGUACCGAGCCAAACCAUACAGGGCCAGUUCUGUGACCACUGCAACGCCAAUGACCCUGAUAAAGCUCACCCAGUGACCAAUGCCAUUGAUGGCACCGAACGCUGGUGGCAAAGCCCGCCUCUCUCCAGAGGACUGAACUACAAUGAAGUGAAUGUCACCCUGGAUUUGGGCCAGCUUUUCCAUGUGGCUUAUGUCAUUGUUAAAUUUGCCAACUCUCCUCGCCCUGAUCUGUGGGUUCUGGAGCGCUCUGUAGAUCAUGGCAGGACCUUCAUGCCCUGGCAGUAUUUCGCACAUUCCAAACGGGAUUGUAUCGAAAGGUUUGGUAAGCAGCCUAAUGGUCGAAUCCAUCGAGAUGACGAUCAGAUCUGUAUGACGGAAUACUCCCGGAUUGUUCCAUUGGAAAAUGGAGAGAUCGUUGUGUCGCUUGUGAACGGUCGUCCAGGGUCGAAGAACUUCACCUACGCCCCAGUUCUCCAGGACUUCACGAAGGCAACCAAUAUUCGCCUGCGCUUUUUACGGACAAACACGCUCCUCGGGCAUCUAAUCUCCAAAGCUCAGCGCGAUCCCACUGUAACACGGAGGUACUACUACAGCAUCAAAGACAUCAGUGUGGGUGGACGCUGUGUGUGCCACGGCCACGCCCAGGUGUGUGGGGCACGUGUCCCAGGCAUGAACCAACUCCUCUGCGAAUGUGAGCACAACACCUGUGGAGAGUCAUGUGACCGCUGUUGUCCAGGGUUCCACCAGAAGCCGUGGAGACCAGCGACUGCUAACAGUCCCAACGAGUGUGAGGCAUGCCAGUGUCAUUCGCAUGCCACUGACUGUUAUUACGAUCCGGAGGUGGAGCGCAGAAAAGCAAGUUUGAACAUAUAUGGCCGGUAUGACGGUGGAGGAGUGUGCGUUAACUGCCAGCAUAACACGGCUGGGGUGAACUGUGAAGUGUGCGCUGUGGGCUUCUACAGGCCUCAUGGGAUUCCCCGAGAGUCGCCCACAGGCUGCAUCCCUUGCAGAUGUGACAGCAGGACCACAGUGGGCUGUGAGAUGGGUUCAGGACGUUGUCUGUGCAAGCCUCAGUACAGCGGAGACAACUGUGAACGCUGUGCCAGAGGAUACUACGGCUACCCACGAUGCAUCCCAUAUCCAGUCCCCAUAACCACAACACAGUCCCCAGCAGGCAGUAUUGUGGAUCCAAAUUGUCCUGUGGGGUAUUUCGGUGCACCGAGAUGUCGAGAAUGUGAUUGUGAGCGGAGGGGCACCGUUCCAGAGGUUUGCAGUGCGUCUGGUCACUGUUUAUGCCGUCCUGAGGUUACAGGCGGGCGGUGUGACCGCUGUCAACCUGGCUACCACUACUUCCCUUACUGCCAGGAAUGCCGGUGUGAUGGACCAGGGGUGGCUGACCGAUCUUGUGGCCCAAAUGGUCAGUGUCGCUGUCUUCCCAACUUCGCAGGACUGCAGUGUGAGCAAUGUGCCAGAGGAUACUAUGCAUAUCCAACCUGCAGACCAUGCCAGUGUUCACGUGAAGGCUCACGUGAAGAGGCGUGUGACCCAAACACAGGUCACUGUGUCUGCAGGCCUGGAGUAACUGGACAGAGGUGUGACCGCUGCAUUUUAGGAGACCAGAGGUUCCCCUAUUGCUCUGCAUGCCGUUGUGAGGGACCAGGAGUGGCUGACCAGUCCUGUGGUCCAAAGGGUCAGUGUCGCUGUCAGUUCAACUUUGCUGGAAUGCAGUGUGAGGAGUGUGCCAGAGGAUACUACGCAUACCCAACCUGCAGACCAUGCCAGUGUUCACGUGAAGGCUCGCGUGAAGAAAUGUGUGACCAACAGACUGGUCGCUGUGUCUGUAGGCCUGGAGUGACUGGACAGAGGUGUGACCACUGCACUGCAAAAGGCCAGAACUUCCCCUAUUGCUUUGAGUGCCGCUGCGAUGGGCCAGGGGUGGCUGACCGAUCUUGUGGUCCAGAGGGUCAGUGUCGUUGUCAUUCAAAUUUUGCUGGGAUGCGGUGUGAGCAGUGUGCCAGAGGGUCCUAUGCAUACCCAACCUGUAGACCAUGCCAGUGCUCACGUGAAGGCUCACGUGAAGAGACAUGUGACCAACAGACAGGUCAAUGUGUCUGCAGGUCCGGAGUGACUGGACAGAAGUGUGACCGCUGUGUCUCAGGAGACCAGAGGUUCCCCUACUGCUUUGAGUGCCGCUGUGAUGGACCAGGAGUGGCUGACCGGUCGUGUGGUCCAAAGGGUCAGUGUCGCUGUCGUUCCAACUUUGCCGGACUGCAGUGUGAGCAGUGCGCUGCAGGAUACUAUGCAUACCCAAGCUGCAGAUCAUGCCAGUGUUCACGUGAAGGCUCACGUGAAAUGACGUGUGACCCGAGAACUGGUCAGUGUGUCUGUAGGCCUGGAGUGAGUGGACAGAGAUGUGACCGCUGCAUUGCGGAAAGCCAGAGCUUCCCAUAUUGUUUUGAGUGUCGCUGUGACGGGCCGGGGGUGGCUGACCAGUCAUGUGGUCCAAAUGGUCAGUGUCGUUGUCGUUUCAACUUUGCCGGACCGCAGUGUGAGCAGUGUGCCAGAGGAUCCUAUGCAUAUCCAACCUGCAGACCAUGCCAGUGUUCACGUGAAGGCUCACGUGAAGAGACAUGUGACCAACAGAUAGGUCAGUGUGUCUGUAGGCCUGGAGUGACCGGACUGAAGUGUGACCGCUGCAUUGCAAGAGAUCAGCGCUUCCCUAAUUGUUUCGAGUGCCGCUGUGAUGGGCCGGGGGUGGCUGACCGGUCUUGUGGCCCAGAUGGUCAAUGUCGCUGUCGUUCCAACUUUGCUGGACCACAGUGUGAGCAGUGUGCCACAGGAUACUACGCAUAUCCAACCUGCAGAUCGUGUCAGUGUUCACGUGAAGGCUCACUUGGAGAGAUGUGUGACCCACAGACAGGUCAGUGUGUCUGCAGGUCUGGAGUAACUGGACAGAGGUGUGACCGCUGUAUUUCAGGAGACCAGAGGUUCCCUUAUUGCUUCGCUUGCCGCUGUGAUGGACCAGGGGUGGCUGACCAGUCAUGUGGCCCUAAGCGUCAGUGUCGUUGUCGUACCAACUUUGCUGGAAUGCAGUGUGAGCAGUGUGCCACAGGAUACUAUGGAUAUCCGGCCUGCAGACCAUGCCAGUGUUCUCGUGAAGGCUCACGUGAAGAGACGUGUGACCUGGCGACUGGUCAGUGUGUCUGUAGGUCUGGAGUGACUGGCCAGAGGUGUGACCGCUGCAUUGAAGGCGAUCAGAUCUUUCCCUAUUGCGUUGGUAAUGCUCCCAGCAACCAUUGCAAUUCAGCAGGAUCGGAAGUCAGCGUUAAAGACCCAAUAACGGAUUCCUGUAUCUGCCUGCCAUAUGUAGAGGGAGAAGAGUGUGAGCACUGCAAACCGCUUUUCUGGAACCUGGACCAAGAAAAUCCGAGUGGUUGUGUUGAGUGCAUGUGUGAAGUAAGGGGGACUCAGAGUGGUGUGGGUGAAUGUGAGGAGGGAAAUGGUGACUGUUUCUGCAAGCCCAACGUUUGCAGCCGCACCUGCAGUACAUGCAAGGACGGAUACUUCCUGCUCCAGAAGAAGAACUAUUUUGGUUGCCAGGGCUGUCAGUGUGAUGUAGGUGGGGCUGUAGCAAGUAGCUGUGAAGAGUCGACCGGCCAGUGCAGGUGUAGAAAACGCAUGCGCGGACGCACGUGCUCAGAACCCGAGACAAACUUCUACCUUCCUACCCUACAUCAUCUGAAAUUUGAGGUUGAGAAUGGCAUCACACCAAAUGCCAGGCAAGUGCGAUUCGGCUAUGACCCGCGGGAGUUCCCACAGUUCAGCUGGAGGGGCUACGCUGUGCUAACGCCAGCACAGCCAGAGGUGGUCUUGUAUCUUGUUGUUGGCUCCCCUGGUCCCUUCAACAUUGUAGUACGCUAUGCGACCGCUGGCCUACAGAGGGCAGUGCGUGGGAGACUCUUGCUGGUGGCGGGAGUGGGCUUUUACUCUCACUGCAAUUGGUCUGGAGAGAGUAAAGAGGUGUUGUUUCCUCCCAGCCGCUCUCCGGCUUUCCUCACUGUUCCAGGGGAUGGUUUCGCCCAGCCCUUCACUCUAAAUCCUGGAAAAUGGAUUGUCUGUAUAAAAGCUGAGGGUGUCUUGCUGGACUACUUGGUAAUUCUGCCCAGCGCUUUCUAUGAAGCUCCAAUUCUACAGCAUCCGAUUACAGAACCCUGUACAUAUCUGGCUUCUGCUGAGAGGGGCAACUGUCUCCUGUACAAGCACGUGCCAAUGGACAGCUUCCCGUCGGCGCAGGCCUCGCAGGGGCUUCGGCAGCUCACCGCUGACCAUCCUCAACUGGCCUCUGUCAGCGGCCGACAGGCCCAGCUGCGGCUGAUGCUGCAUGUUCCAGAAUCUGGCUCCCAUGUCCUGGUUCUAGAGUACGCAAGCGAGAUGAACAACACCCAGAACGUAAAUGUGUUCAUUGGUGGACAGCCCCUGGACCAGGUUCAAACCAGGGCUAACAUCUACAGCUGUGCUUACAGCUUCCUUUGCCGCUCUAUAGUGGUUGAUGGAGAGAAUCGCGCCGCUCACUUUCUGCUUCCACCCAAGGCAGAAAUUCUUCUGCAGGCGUCUGCUGCCUCAUUCCUGCUGAAUCGAGUGUAUGCAGUUCCUUCUGAUAAUUUCACCAUGGAGCUCAUCAAUCCCAAGGAGCUGUGUGUCUCAGUACAUGGGCGCUUCACAGAUGACAGUAAACACUGUGUUCAAAGUCAGUUCCACACUCCUUCUACGGCUGUCGUUCUCGACGCCUCUUCUGUGACUCGGCCGGUCAGGUUCACAUCUCAGUCUUCAGGGCGGUGUAAUGGGCUUCUGCUCAAAUAUCCACAGACUGAGGUCGAGCUCAGUGCGCAGGUGCCCCAGCCGGGCCGUUAUGUAUUUAUAGUGCAGUACUGUCAGCCCGAGCACCCUGCCUUCCCUGUGGAGGUCCUGCUGAACACGGGAAGCACCUGGGCAGGCCAGCUGAAUGCUUCCUUCUGCCCUACCAUGUCUGGCUGCAGGGGUGCAGUUAUAGCGGAGAGACGCAUCAGCCUGGACGCCAUGCAGCAGACCAUGAUAAUCACGCUGAGGAUCCCGAAAGGAAAAACUCUAACUCUGGAUUACAUCCUGGCAGUCCCUGAGGAUCGUUACAGCCCUGAGCUGCUUAAGGCUAAAGCACUGGACAAGGCUUCAGAUUUCAUCAGUCAGUGUGGCUCUCAGGGCUUUUACAUCAAUCCCCGCAGUGCCUCAGAGUUCUGUAAAGCAUCAGCCCGCUCCCUGGUUGCCCACUAUUACAAGGGCGCUCUGCCCUGUGAUUGUGACAAAGUGGGCUCAACAAGCCCCACCUGUAAGCCCUUUGGAGGCCAGUGUUCCUGCAGGGCUCACGUCAUUGGCCGACAGUGCACCCGCUGCGCCACAGGCUUCUACGGCUUCCCGUACUGCAGACCAUGUGACUGUGGCCAGCGGCUGUGUGACGAAGUGACGGGGGAGUGUAUUUGCCCUCCGCAGACCGUGAGACCUGCGUGUGAAGUGUGCGAGAGCCGCACGUUCAGCUAUCACCCGCUGCUCGGCUGUGAGGGCUGUGACUGUUCCCCCAUUGGAGUCUCCCCUGGAGACACGGGCCAGUGCCACAUCACCACUGGCCAGUGCACUUGUAAACCCAGAAUAGGUGGGCGGCAGUGCUCUCAGUGCGUCUCCGGUUACUACCGCUUCCCUGAGUGUAUACACUGUUCAUGCAACGUCGGGGGAGUGAUUCCACAGAUAUGCGACCCCAACAGUGGCCAGUGCCUCUGCAAGAGUAACGUGGAGGGCUCUCGAUGUGACACGUGCCGCAAGGGCUCGUUCCAUUUUGACCCAGCCAACCCGGAAGGAUGCACCAAGUGCUUCUGCUUCGGAGCCACAGAUCAGUGCCGCAGCUCGGAGAAACGCAGAGGAAAGUUUGUAGACAUGCGCUCCUGGCGUUUGAUGUCAUCUGAUCUGGAGGAGAUUCCCACUGUCCUGAAUCCUCUCAGUAACACGGUGGUAGCGGAUGUUCAGGAGCUGCCUGUGUCUGUGGUGCAGGUGCACUGGGUUCUCCCUCAGUCUUACCUGGGGGACAGGGUGUCGUCUUAUGGGGGCUACCUGACAUAUCAGAUCAAAUCUUUUGGCAUUCCUCGUGAGGGCAUGCGUUUGCUGGAUAAACAGCCUGACGUCCUUCUAAAGGGGCAGAAAAUGACACUAGUUUACCAGGACCCUCAGCCCCCCUCCCCAGACAGACUUUACCAGGGCCGUGUCCAGCUUGUGGAGAGUAACUUCCGCCACAGUGGCACCAACAGACCUGUGUCCCGUGAGGAGUUUAUGCAUGUGUUAUCCAGGCUGGAGGCGGUGUGGAUCCGAGCACUGCACUUCAGCCAGAGUCAGAGGCUCAGCAUCGGGGACGUAGGAAUGGAGGAGGCUAGUCUUACAGGCAGUGGGGGUCCGGCCAGCACUGUGGAAGUGUGUUCCUGCCCACCACAGUACACCGGUGACUCCUGCCAGAGAUGUGCUCGGGGUUUCUAUAGAGACCGGAGCAGCCGCUGUGUGCCCUGUGCUUGUAAUGGCCUUUCAGAUGAAUGCGAGGAGAGUACAGGGAAAUGUCGGAACUGCCAAGACAACACUGCUGGAGACCACUGCGAACGGUGUAAGGACGGUUACUACGGCAGCGCCGCUCUGAGGACCUGUAAGAUUUGUCCUUGUCCACUUCAGCUGGAGAGCAACAAUUUCGCUGUGGGUUGCAGUGAAGUGGCUGGAAGAGUUCAGUGUCUGUGUAAAACAGGCUACACUGGAGAAAGAUGCGAGAGGUGUGCCUCUGGUUACUAUGAUGACCCUGAGUUUUUAGAGGACAGAUGUCGCCCAUGCAACUGCAAUGGGAACUCAUGUUCGCCAAAGACUGGAGCUUGUAAUAAUGGACAGGACCCUAAAGACACCAACACUGAUGAGCAGUGUCAAGAGUGUGAUAACUGUGCCCAGACCUUACUGAACGAUCUGGAUCGUCUCGAGGACGAGCUGAGUCAGAUUAAGGCUCAGCUAGAUUCGUUAAAUUCCAGCUCCUCUGCUUAUGAUCGUCUGAAGAAGCUGGAGGCAGCCAUUGCUGACACUAAGAAUGUGGUGACUGAUUACAGUGCUGCAGUGGACAGGCUGAGUCCUAAAGUGGCUGAACUGGAGAAGGACGCACUCAGUGUGAGCGAAGAUAUCAAACUGCUGUUAUUCAAGGCUCAGAAAAGGUCAAAUGAUGCCCAGACUGCUGCUGCUAAUAUAGAAAAGACACACCAAAGAGCCAAAGAUCUCGAAAGUCAGACCCUGGACCUGCUCAGGAAAAUCCUAGAGCUCCUGCAGCAGCUGAAGGAUGCAGAGCGGGGAAAUGGGACCGUGCCCUCCGGCGAUGUGGCCACACUCAUGGCAGAAGCUGAGCGCAUGGUGAAGGAGAUGCAGGAGCGGAGCCUUAAACCCCAGAAAGACGCAGCUGUGAAAGAGCUGGAUGAAGCACAGAAACUUCUAGAGUAUGUUAAGAACAACUGCACUAAACAGUACGACCAGAACCAGGAGGCUGCCAAGCGGAUCAAGGGACUCCUGAGUGACUAUGAAGCCAAACUGAAGGAGCUUGAGGAGGCUCUCAAACAGGCCAGUGACACAGUGAUGCAAGCCAAUGACCAGAACAGCCUAAACAAUAAGACCCUGAAUGAUCUGCUGGAAAAAAUUAAGAAGUUGGAGAAAGAAAGAGACCGUGUUUUUGCUGACAUUGUCUUAGCAAAGCGGCAACUUAAUGACACAGAAAACCUGCUGAAAAUGUUGAGUGACAGCAAAAAGGAGUAUGAACAGCUGGCAGCACAGCUGGAUGGUGCAAAGAAGGAUCUUAUCAACAAAGUAAACAGCAUCUCGCAGGCAGCCGCUAAGGAGGGCCUAGUGAAAGAAGCAGAAGAUCACGCCGCUACCCUGAGCAGACUGGCCAAUGAUCUCCAGGAGGCAGUGAGGAACUCGAGUGGACGCACUGAUGUGCAAGACGCCCUCGCUGCCAUUGACGCCUACAAGAACAUCACAGAUGCAAUCAAGGCUGCAGAAGAGGCAGCCAAGAGGGCCAAGGACGCAGCUGACAAAGCUCUGAAUGAUGUUGUUCAGGGAGAUGUAACCAACAGAGCAAAAGAUCUGAAAGACGAAGGAAACAGGCUCCUCAAAGACGCCACGAAUGCUGCAAAAGACCUAAAACAGGCCACAGAUGACCUGACUAACCAACAGCAGCGAUUGGAUGAUGCGGAAAAAAAGAAGAAUGCAUUGGAGAAGGAGCUGGCUGCUAUAAACACUGAUUUGAAGGGUGUUCAGAGAGAUGACAUUGGCAAAAUGAUUGAUGCAGCAAAGAAAACAGCAGAAGCAGCUAAUACCUCAGCUACUGACACCCUGGACCAGCUGAAGGCCAUCAACAAAGAGGUAGCUAAGAUUAAUGCCACCCCAUCCGGCUCAAACAUCGACCGUAUGCUCAAUGACGUCGAUAUGACAGUGAAAAACCUGAGCAGCUCCAUCCCUUCCUUGCUGGAUAAAAUUGCUCAGGUGGAGAGACUGAGUUCUCAGAUUGACCCCAACAACAACAUAUCCAACAACAUCAACCGCAUUAAGGACCUGAUUGAUCAAGCUCGAGCCGCCGCCAACAGAAUUGCUGUGCCCAUGAAGUUCAUUGGGGAUGGUUACGUGGAGCUGCGUCCCCCGAAGGACCUCGAUGACCUACGAGCAUAUGCAGCUCUUAGCCUCCUCCUUCAGCGGCCCAAUUACAACGCCCGAGGAGACGGACGACGCAGACGUCGCCAGACCAACACAGAUAAUGGCAAUUUGUUUGUGCUCUACCUUGGAAACAAAGAUUCAUCAAAGGACUACCUUGGCAUGGCCCUGAGAAACAACGUGCUCUAUGUCAUUUACAAGCUGAAUGGAAGGUCUUAUGAGCUGGAGACAGAUUCCAUCACGUUGUCGGGCAAGGAGCCGUUCUACUUCGACAGAGUGGAUAUGCACAGAAUUUACGAAGAUGUUCAGAUCAAGCUCACAAAAGUGUUCACAUCGACUAAUCCUCCCAAUCCACUAAUUUAUACCCGCCGAGGAGAGCCCCUUCUAAACCUGCUGAACCUCGAUCCCAACGAAGUGGUCUUUUAUGUUGGUGGCUAUCCCGAUAACUUCACUCUUCCACCUUCUCUUAAUUAUCCCAAAUAUCGGGGCUGCAUCGAGUUUUCUACCUUGAAUGAGAAAUUCAUCAGUCUGUACAACUUUAAGUCACUGACACCUCAGAACAUCAGCGAUCGAGAGCCAUGUAAAAGAUACGUUAUACCCAGAAAUGACUACUUUGAAGGCUCAGGUUAUGCUAAAGUCGAGCUCGUCAAUAUGCAAUCAACACUGAUGAUCUCUCAGUGGAUGGAAUCCAAAGCUGACAGCGCUGUCUUGCUGUACUUUACAAACGAGGCCUCCUUUUACUGUCUUACUAUUGAGAAAGGUCGUAUGGUGAUGCGUGGCAGAGAUGGUGACACCAUCCUGAAGGAAGAGAUCAGUGUCGGCAGAUUCGAUCUGAACGGGGAGCUGAAGGUCAUUUUUCAGAGUUCAGAUAAAAAGAUAAGGGUCCGUAUGAAAUCAGUGGAAGUUUUGGUUUUUCCAUACACUCUGAAAAAAUUUGACAGCUACUACAUUGGAGGCAUUCCUAAGGAUCUAAGAGAGAGAGACAACAUCACAGUGCUGCCUCUGAAGGGCUGUGUACACAGCUUGAGUGCUGCAGGCACAAAUCCAAAGGUUCUUGAGCGAGUGGGCGUCGGGCGAGGCUGUUACCCAGAAUUACUGACCGCUCGGAAGGCAGAGUUUAAUGUGGGCGGUUCCUUGGAAACCGCACCCACAGGCUUUGAUCUGUCUAAGGAUAUGGUCCUGUCCGUCGGCUUCAGAAGCACGGAGAAAAAUGGCCUUCUGCUGCAGAACAAACAGGAUGUCAAUGAGCUUGAGCUGGAUAUGGUUGAUGGUCAUGUGAUGCUGACUUUCCAAAACAAUGUGUGGAAAUCCAAAAAACAAUACCAAGAUGGAGAAUGGCAUUAUCUUAGUGUUGUCAAAACAGGUCAAAACAUCGAGUUUCGAGUUGAUGAAGAUGAUGAUGGAGAGAAGAACACAGUCUCACCCCCUGCUCUCACCUUCAUAUCUAAUGAUAUCGUUUUGGGCAAAGGCACCUUCACGGGUUGCUUAUCUAAUCUCUACAUGAGAAGGCCUGAUUUUGAUUUCAAAGCAGAAGACUUGAGUACAUUUAGCCCAUAUGGAGACGUGCUCCUGGAUGUGUGCAGUGCUGCGCGGCCGCCGGAGAACAUGUUGGCCGGCCGCAAUCAGACACUCAAUCAGGAUGGCAGAGAAGAUGCGAAAGGGGACGAAGGCUCCAACUGUUUCACUCCCACUCCUAUCCCACAUUCCUUUCACCUGGCAGGGGCCUCCAGCAGUCUGAGCUACGCCGUCGCCUCCACAACUCUCACCAACAUGCCCUAUUUCUCUUUAGACAUUAAGACAAGGUCAGCAGAGGGGCUGCUGUUCUACAUUCCAGCUGAGCAGGACAACUACCACGUGGCUCUUUACGUUUCCAAGGGAAGAAUUCGCUUUUCUAUUGGAAGUCAGCGAGAGAUCUUAAACAGGGAUAAGUACAACGAUGGAAAGUGGCACACGGUAACUCUGAGCCUGGAGAAGCGCAAGUUCCGCCUGGUGAUUGACGGUCUGAGGGCGAAGGAUGGCGAACUGAAUCCUAGAGAGGGUUCUUCAAUCCAGCUGAGCUCAGCCAUUUACCUGGGCACUCCUCCACCGUCCACACACAAGGUUCUGAAGGGGAAGAGGCUGCCUGAGCAUGGAGUGAUUGGCUGUAUUCGCAGUUUUAAAAUGAAUGGCUCACUGAUGGCGGCGGCAGCGGUGAAUCGUGGUGUGGGUCCGUGUUUUGAGGGUCAGACAGAGAGUGGGGCCUACUUCUCAGGACAUGGAGCUUAUGUUAUUGUUGAUGAGUCGUUUGUCGUGGGUCAGAGCUUUGAGCUGGUGUUUGAGUUGCGGCCCAGUAAGCAGAGCGCCCUCCUGCUGCACGUGGGAAACCAAAACCACCUCACUGUGUUCAUGAGGAGAGAAGAGGUGGUGGCACAGGUGAACAGCGGAGGGGGUGAAUUCAGUGUAGUUGUGCAGCCGAAACAGUCGCUGUGUGACGGGGUGUUCCACAGGAUAGCAGUUAUCCAGCGCAACAACGUGGUGGAGAUGCAUGUAGACACAGAGGGCAAUUACACCAUAGGCCCGAGCUUCUCGUCCCCCACCCAGGACACACACCCUGUUUAUGUAGGCGGAGUUCCAGAUCAUCUCAAAUUCUCUCUCCCAGUCACUGAAUCCUAUGUUGGCUGUCUCCAAAACCUUGUGAUCAACAGGAACGUGGUGGUCUUUGAGAAGCUUUCUGGGGUAUUUGGUGCUGUAAACCUCAGAGAAUGUCCAGUUAACUUGAGGCCACCUCAGCACAGCCCCAGUGCGAAGUCUCCAGUAAGAAGGCCAUAAGAGUGUAGAAUCUAUCAAAAUCUACCACUGAUGGUAGUUAUGGGUCAGUGUUUACCAGUUCUAGCCCUGAACAGAAGUCUGUGCAGCUGUUUAAAGGAAUAUUAAAUGUUUUUCUACCUGCUGCAUCUGCGGCAAGCGAUAAUAAUUUCCCCUCACUUAGAAAAGAACAGAUAAUUUGUCAAAAUGCUUCAGCACCUGUCUAUUAUAAGUGUAUUUAGUACAGGGGAAUGUGUCAACAUUACUGCCUGUGGUAAUAAUAUGCCAUCACAUGUGCUACAGAAGCAGCAGAUAGAGCUUGUGUUCUUUAAAUGUUGGAAUAUUCCUGUACCUGAAUGAACUGUGCAGUUCAAAGGGGUCCAAGCAAACUCAUGGCUUUUCUCUUAUGAGGAAGAUAGACGUUCACGUUCUAAUGCAGGUGGAUUUACACAUUUUACUGAAGAAAAUAUUACUGGAUUGUAAUAUAUUGAUUCAUUAGCCCGUUUGCAAAUAUUUAAAGUAGGGCUCUUCAUGUUAACACAGGUGAAUGACUGUAAAUCUGUGUCCUGAUGUACUGUAUAUCAAAGUAGUGCCUUUGACCAUUAUGUUUACCAAUUGAAUUACAUUUCUGUAAGCUGUAUUAUAUUUUGUGCAAAGACUUGUAAGGUAAGAUCAUGGACCAUUUUUAUAAUGUUGUAAAAUUUAUUUAUGUAUAUCAUUAAAAUAACCUUUUUUUUUUCAAAAUUCAGUGACAAGGGGUGUAAAAAAUGCAUCGUGACAUCAUGAGAUCAUGUGACUGAGCAACUGAUGUGAAUUAAGGUUGGGCAAAUAGCGCCCUCGUAUUACAAAUGGAUGCGUAAAGGUGACGUAAGCAAUGUUAAAGCGUUUAUGUCGCACCAUUCAGUUCAAUUUCAAUAAAUGUCAAGCCCUCUGGCUAAAACUGGUGAAUGUUAAACAAUGCUGCUAGCUAGCUGAGAUUAGCUGGAUAGCAUUCGCUUAGCUAGCAUGAUAACAACCCUUUUCACCACAGGGCAAGAUUGACUGUGGGUAACUAAAGCACCCCGAGUUUAGACGAUAAUGACACAACUCUGAGGGAGUGCCGUCGAGUUAGAGGGUCCGGAAGGCUGAACUUAGGCUGUUCUGUUUGGAUCUGUAGUCCGCUGGCUAACCUAAUGUUAGUUUAGUGAGCAGCUGCAGAUGCAGGCCACCCACUACAGCACAGGCCUGAAGUUUCUUGAAGUUUUCUUAGUCUGAAUCAUUCUGCUCUGGACAGCUCGUCAAUGUGCCAACAUCAAUUUAUUCUCGAAAACUAAAUUGAGAUUCAUCCCAAAAUGCUAACAUUCUUGGAUAUCAUUACAUUUUAAAAAAGACAAACAGCUUUAGUUCUUUAAUAAAAGUGGCAUUAAG